GUAUAUAAGGAACAGUGAAUGCGUAGCAGUUUCCAGCCUUCUAACAAUUCCACAACCAUGUCUCAUUUAAUUACUUCGCUACAGUCAGCUCUGGAUUCUCAGUAUUCCAAUCUACUUGCAUCAACAGUUGUUUCGUUCAGCAAGCAUCAUGACGAAGCCAUUCAGUCCCACCUGAUUGACAACGCGUUGAAAGAUAGAGUGUAUGCGAAAAGCAACGCAAUCCAGCUUGCCAUAUCAGAAAUCGACAACUUGACGGACAAGUUUCUGUCCAACAUCCGCUACUUUUCGGAAGAGAAGAGCAGAUUAAAAGAAGAACUAUCUCAAAUAGACUCGGAGCUUCAGAGAAUAUUGUCUACUUUAAGCUCACCUUCUGAUUUUCCCGUGGUGAUUGAAAACUACAAAAACGAUCUCCAGCACUUGGGACAGACAUUCAGCAACAAGCUAGAGAAGUCACUAGAGUUACUUCGGUCAACAGAAGAAAAUGCCCAAAAGCGUCUCAUUGAUCAAUUCUAA